CCCUGCCCAGCUCCCCGCCCACCCGGAAACAGCUUCGCCCCACCCCGCAUGGAGCUUCUCCCAGCGGCCCAAGACACCUCUAGCUGUCCGAGGCACGCUCUCCCGAUGGCCCGCUACGAAGAGGUGAGCGUGUACGGCUACGAGGAGUUCAUGCAGGCGGUGGAGCAGCACAGUGGCAAGACCAUUUUCGCCUAUUUUUCUGGUUCUAAGGACGCCGAAGGCAAAAGCUGGUGCCCCGACUGCGUGCAGGCUGAACCGGUCGUACGAGAGGGGCUGAAGCAUGUUGGUGAAGGAUGUGUGUUCAUCUACUGCCAAGUAGGAGAAAAACCUUAUUGGAAAGAGCCAAAUAAUGACUUCAGGAAAAAGUUGAAAUUAACUGGAGUGCCUACACUACUUAAAUAUGGAACACCUCAAAAACUGGUAGAAUCUGAGUGUCUUCAGGCCAACCUCGUGGGGAUGUUGUUCUCUGAAGAUUAAGAUUUGACGAUGGCAAUUGUGUCUUUAUUUCCUGAUUUGCUCUAGUAUAAAAGAAUCUGCAUACUUGCUUUGAAUUCAUGUUAGCAAUAAAUAAAUGAUGAUGUAAAAAAAUUGGUACAUGUCUAAACAAUAGAGAGUGCUAUUAAAAUGCUCAUGAACCCUCA